CGAAGCGAGAAGAGUGCUUCCUGUAUCAAUUCAACUGUGUCAAGUUUGUUUUCUCUUUCACCAUUUAAUGAUUUAUUUGUAACUAAAAUGUAGUGGAUUACUAAAAGACAGACAACCUUUCUGAUUUUUAAUUGCAAUAUGUUCGAAAGAAAACUGUGACAGACAUAAACAUGAGCAAAAUAGCAAAUGGGAACGUUGUGUAUUCGGGUUGGUUGGUAAAGUCCCCUCCUGAGAAUAAAUUUCGAUUGAGUGGUCCGUGGAAAAUAUUUAGAUCGUUCUCUCAGGAUGCUAUGGACACAAGUAAAUGGAAAAGACGAUUUUUUAUCUUAUUCAAACCACAAGGAAGCUUACCUCACCAGUAUGUUUUAAACUACUACAACAAUGAAGAAGGAAAAAAGCUGAAAGGUUACAUUGACCUUGAACAUUGUGAACAGAUUAUUGAAUCCUUGGAUUUGGAUUUGUUUCCUUUUCUUUUGGCCAUUAAAACUUAUCAUAAGAACCGUGAAAGGACAUAUUUCCUGGCUGCCGACACUGAGGAACAAAUGACCUCGUGGGUACGAAACCUCUGUAGUGUUUGUGGUCUUAAGCCAGAGGACAACUCUUCUGAUUUACCACCCCAGAGAGAAGAGGAUAAUGAUACAUUCACCACAAUUCAAAAUGUGCCAUCGUCUAUUACUAAACAACCAAUUACACAACCAACUCAAGGAAUCAUGCAUGUUCCGCAGAGUCGCGAUCGGAAAAAUUCUGACAGGGAUUAUGUUCCCUUGACAAAUUGUAGAACUGGAACCGUAUCAAGAAAACCACCUUUAUUAAGGCCAGAUAGUGUUGAUAGUGUACCAGAUGAAAUAGCCCCUCCACCACCUGUUAAAAGGGGCCAAGUGAUUGAGGACGAUGUGUUUCAUACACAAGUGUAUGAUAUGCCACCAAAGGCUCAUGAUAUGAAUGUGACUAUGCCAGCUCCUAAAAUAUGUACAUCUUCAGAGUCAUCAUCCAAAGAUGAUUCUACGUUAGAUGUGUAUGAUGUCCCACCCCCAGGGCACCCCCCUCGUCACAGUCCGAGUACCCCUCGUUCAUCAAGUAGUGAAAGCCAUAAGGCAGACUCAGCUUAUUCUUCACAGUCGGUCCUUACAUAUGAUCAUCCUCCAAGUUCAGAAAAGAAUGUUGUGAGUGACGAAACUUAUGACUAUCCUCCCACAAAUCCUCAUAACUUGCCAAAAAUGGACGAUGUACCUCCGGUAAGACCACCUCCGCCAAAGUCGUAUCUGCAACAACAAGAACCAUACCAAAAUAUUCCUCCAAAUAGUAAAAUGUUGAAUGAAGGAAUUGAUAGUUUAGACAUAAACAAAGUUGUUCCUAUGUCAACAAACCUUAGUGCAAAUGUUCCGUUAUCUUACGAUUUUCCGUCAAACAAUGCUUCUACACAAAGUGCAUAUGAUUUUCCAACAUCAGGACAGAGUGGUUCUAGUUUAUUAGUGAUUCCUCCACCUGGAUGUGGUAUUGAUUCCCAUAGUUACAUAAACGCUGCCACACGACCUGUGUCACAUGCACAUGAGGAUAUGUAUUUAGCAAUGGACGGUCUUGUGCCGCCUGCUGUGGUAGAUAGGACAUCUUCUAUAUCAGAUAGUGGCAAGUCACAUGACAGUUACACUCUAAUGUCUGAGUUGAAUGUAUACGAUCAUCCUCCUCCUCAGAGGCCACCUAGGAUUAGUAAAGUUAUCCCUAAACCUUGCAAUGGCGAUGCCUACACAAACAUCUACAAAAAUGAGAGAACACGAAGCUUUAAAAAAAAUAACACCAUUAAUAAUCCACCAUUUGAUUUUCCAAGUGGCCGAGAUCCAUAUGCUGGUAAAAUGUCUCGAUCACUCCAACAUAGCAUACCUUUACCAAAAAAUAAUAAUCCACAUCCAGAUUUAACUACAAGUUCAGAAGAUGAAGAGGAUGAUCGCAUAGCUGACAUCGACCAGGUAAUGGUGCCAUAUCCAUAUGAAGAACAUCAAAAGAGUCAAAAUUGGAAUAAAGUGCCCCCUCCUAUGAAAAGUGAUAAAGAUGAGCUGAAAUAUUUAGAACUGGACCUAGUAGACCAACCUACAAGUCAACCGAUACAUCUUACUCAUGCUGAGACCGGGAAUAAUACACCCACUGAAUACAGAGAGAUAGACUUCGUAAAGACGACAGCUCUCAGGGAAGUGAAAAAGACUGUCGAGGGACAAAGAAAACAGGAUGAAAAUUGAUGAUUGGCUGAAGAUUAUCCAAUCAAAUUGUUUGUGUUAUAUUCAAAUUGUAUAAGAUCAGAUGUAAUGAGUUUUAUGAAUGGAUAGUAUUAACUGUAUAUAGUUCAUAACAUAUUGUAUUGUAAUGUAUAGCAAAAACAUCAUAGUUUGGUCUUUGAAUGUGAGUUUUUAAUACAUUUUUUGAAAAUAAUAAAAUCAUGAUUAUGUCAAAUCAAAAUGUCCAAAACUAUUUAGAUUACUUAAAUGGAAUUUCAGAUUUAGAUGCAAGAAAAAUUUAUAAAAAUAUUUAGCCACUAUCUAAAUUUAUAUUUCUAACAAUAUUUUUAAAGUUGAAGGACAAAACAGUAAUAUGAAAAAACAUUUUUUCAAACUUUUCGAUAUGGAAUUGCAAUUGCUGAGAGUACUUCAUUACUCUAUGGUAUGUUUUGAAUAUGUUCUGAAUUAUCCAAUCAAAAAUCUUGUUAUAUCUGAUUUUUAAAUGUUAAGUUUUGUUAUAAAUCUGUCUAUUAGCUUCUGAUAAUUUCAAUGUUGUAUUGUAAAUCAACUAUCCUUAGUAUUCAUUCCAUCGCAUUAACUUUUAAUUGACAAUGAAACUUGUUUAAUAUGAAAUAUAUUGUCAUGCAUCAAUUAAGUUUUGUCGCACAUUUAGUUAGGACAUUACUAACAUUUCAUAACGAAAUUGACUUUUAGAUUAUUAUAAUUUUUGUUUACUACUGCAAAAUUUCCAGAUACGUCAAUUGCAAUUUUGAAUUACAUUUAAAAACUGUUGGCAGUGUCAUAUUAAAAAAAUUGCAGCGACAUAAAUAAAAAGUUCUUCAAACAAAAAUACCCUAUCUUUUCUGAUACAGGUUAUGACUUGAUAUCAAGGUCGUAGAACCAAAUUGUAAGAAAUUUAGUUUAACAAUGGAAUAACAUACAAUGUUUUACAUUGUACAUUGUUGUAUUUACAAAUAUUUCUUGUUUUGUCUCGGAAUUUUAUUUGAAGCAAGUUCCAUUGGCGACACAUUAAUUUGUUCUUUAACACCUAUUUUUCCAUUUUACGCCACUUUGUGAUUAAAUGAUUUUAUUGUACAUAGUAUUCCUAGUGUUGUGACUCCUGUCACUGCCAACAUCAGUAACACACAGUAAAAACUUAUGUUAAGGUUCUCUUUAUAAAUUAGAAAAUAAUAAAUUCAAGAUAUUUGGUUAUUGUAAAGGUCUUCAGUUUUGGUAAGUCCGAUCGGAUUUUUAUUUAAUAUCUUGUAUUUGAAAUUUUUCAUUUGAGCAAGUUGAGAAAUGGUACUUGAUAGUAAUAGUAAACAUACACACUUUUUGGUUUUAAACCAGAUCUGAAUCAUUUAUUGUGUUAUUUUGGACAAUCAGACAUCAUUAUAUUUUGCAUUGACAUAGAUACAUCUGCUAAGAAUGGGUGUCCGUGAAAUUUAAAGCAUUUAAUGCACAAUUUAUGUUCACAAAUCAAGAUUUACUGAGUUUCAUGAAGUUUUGGGUAUUUUACAUUUUUGAAACAAGAAAUGACGAAUAAAUUCAUUGUUUACAAACUUCAAGGAUGAAUGUGUGUCUUCACAAUCAUGCUCCAGAUUUAUUUAACAAUCCUUUUGGAAAGAAUAUAAAACCAAAGCAAACAAAUUUGUAAAAGAAAAUUACAAUAAAAAUUAUGUAAAUUAUUUAUUAUCAAUAAUAAUAUAUCAUAAGAGGUCAUAAAAACAACUGAAACAGUGUCUUUUUUUUUCUAGUCAUUAAUUUUUUCAAAAUUUUAUUUCUGUAUUAUUUUAAUAUAUAUUUAGGAAAUGGCAGUUAUUUUUGUAUCAUUAUAUAUAUAUAUAUAUAUUUUAUUUUAUUUUCUCCAUUGUCAUUUUUUCGCAUUCAAUAUUUUUGUAUUUGCUUUUAGUAUUGAUUAUCCUUGCACAUGUUUUAUGUAAUGCUAGGCUACAAAAAAAUAAAACUACAGUAAUUCAGUAAUUUUCAUAAUCACCAUUUCAAAACCUAAUGAAUAAUAAGUAAUUUUGUGCAAUGAUAGACCAAAAUAUGUAAACAUGCAUUAAGGGUUUGCUUUAGUUCGAUCUUAAGGUGGUACCCAACACCUUGACUAAAAUUAAUUUGGCUCGUUUGAUUUUCAUAAAAUUUGGAAAAAGUCUUUGAAAAAAAUAUGAAAAUUUCAAAAAUUAAAUGCUUAGUGCUUGAUUUUACAGAGUUAUCUCCCUGCAGUAUUCCUUUCUUCAUACAAAAACAAUCGAAAGUCAUAGAAGUUCUGUGAUAUACAGAUUUUAGUAUACCUUUUUUAAUUGUCAAUAAAAGUUUAAAUGUCCUGAUUUUGCAUUAAAUAUUAACCACUGGAAAGUAGCAACCAAAAAUCACUCAAACAAUUCCUUAGAUUUUGAGAUGGAGAAUCGAAGAUUUAUUUUGUAGAACAAAUAACAACUCUUGCUGUGUAUUUUAUCAGUAACCUAUACAUGUACAUAACCUACACCAGAUAAACCACUCCUGUGUUAACCUCUGUAUUGUAGAUGUAAUUUUAUUAUGUUUUUGCUAACCUUUUUAUGAUAGUUUUACUAAAUGCAUGUUCCAAGAUUUCCAUUUGCCAAAAUUUUUGUAUUAUCCACAAAACUUGAUAGAUAGUUAGUUACUAAGAAACAUAUUUUAAUACAGCUAUUUAUUUUUAUGAAAUAUAUUCAAUGAAUUUUGUAAAUAAACCUUUACUAGUGUGCUUUAUCAAUUCGUUGUUUCAGAAUCUAAUGCAUCCUGGGUAAUAUUUUCAAAAAUGUACAUCAAAUGUCCUGAUUGGUUAAAAAUGUCAUGAACAAUGGACAUUUAACCAAUGACGUGACAUUAUUUUCAUUUUGGGGUACGAACGAUGAAAUUAACCAUGAUGUUUUAGAUUCUGAAACGGCCAAUUCAGUGAUGUGAAUAUUUUUUGUUUCUCCAUGUAAAGUUUGUCACAAAUUUACUGACAUGUAUAUGUAACUUGCCAAAGAAAUGAAAGGUCUUUCCUGCUGUCAAUAUUGUACACACACAAAAUAGCUAUUUUUUAUGCUCCUACAAGUCCUAAUAAGAAACAAUUACAAAACAUUAAAAUAACUGUAUUUUAACCACAAAGCACCCUUGUAUGAUGAGGAGGGAGGGAUGUAAGUCAGAAGUGGUUUUGAUUAGUGUCCCGAAGUUCAUAAAGAAAAGGAAAAAAAUAUCUAUAACAAAAGUUAUAGUUAUGACAGAUUUGAUGUCAAAUGGAGGACUACAAUUUAAUUUUACAAGUGAAGUUGACAUUAAAUUGGAUGGCAUACUAAACAAACAAAAA